AUGUCCCAACCUUCGACAUUUAGCCGUGUUCUAACCGUUACUGGUGUUCUUGCAGCUCUUUCUUUGACCGGAUAUGCUGUUUUCUUCGACCAUAAAAGAAGAAACUCACCAGAAUUCAGAAAGCAUUUAAAGAGUAAGAGUAAGAGACAAGCUGCAUUGGAAAAGAAGCAAAAGGAGGAAGCUAAACAAGUCAAGUUACAAAAAGUUAGUGAAUUUUUAGCAAAGGAUCUAGCAGCAGACCCAACUCCAACUGAUCCAUCCCGUAGAGAAGAAACUUUUACCACAAAUGUGGAACUAGGUGAACGUCUGUCAAUUGUCUCCGGUAAAGAAUUAGAAUCCGCAACUAAGUUUUACAAGGCAUUGAGCGUCUAUCCAAACCCAGCUGAUCUUUUGGGAAUAUAUCAAAGAAGUGUUCCAGAAACCGUUUAUGAAUACAUUGUAAUGAUGAUCGCCAUUUUACCACCUGCAAAUAUUUCUACUUUCCUAAGUGGUGCUACCGAACAAGUACAAGCUGCUCAAGCCGAAAGUGCUGCUAUGGCUCAAGCUAAUGAAAUUGAUGAGUGA